CCUGCAGCAGAGCCACAGGCUACACCUCCAUCACAACUCGGUUCACUGUGCAGCAAUGCAAAGCAUCCUUACUUCACCCCACUCUUACAAACCUGAGUUUGUGCCACUAAAAUGUCUUUAAUACAAAGUUGAAACACAGCUCCAUUCUACCGACUCUGUGUGAUGUCAGAUUACAGCGAUGUGUGAUUAGAGCAGCUAACUGUCCGGUGGAUUCACUGCUGCGAGGUAGUUUCCAUCUCUGCUGCUCCUCCAUGCUCGCUCAUCUCAGUCACAUUAGUGCUUUUUCCAACAGUGCAAACGACUCUGAGGUGGACUGUUGGUGCUCCGUGUUCUAACUGAUUUAUUUCUAUGUUUUUCAGACAGUAUGGUUCAUUUGUCCAGCUCUUUCUCUUGGCACUGUAUUGAAAUGAAACUCAUAUUCUGAAUCUAACAAGCUGUCGUCCUUUCAUCAUCAUCAUCAUUAUCAUUGCUUGGUCCUUGUCUGCCCAUCAGGUCAGGGAGGGGCCAGCCCUUCAGAGGUGGCUGAGGCCAUGGUGGAUGCAGUGGUGCAGUUUGUGAAGAGGAAACAGCCGAGGUUUGUUCGGAGUGUGAAGAUCCUGAUCUUCCAGACGGCCAUGCUGAAACAUUUCCACAUGAGCAUGAAGAAGAGACAGGAAGAGAGGGUGGAGGAGAAGAGUGUCGUUAGCAAAACUGAAGCAGAGCAGCCAAUCACUGCUGACUUAGUCCUGGAGAGGGAGGAGUUUAAGCCCGCAGUGUUUCAGCUGUGUGCCGAUGACCACAAG